AUGCAGCACCUGGGCCCACAGCCGAGAAACAGGACCAGAGCCACAAUUAGCAGCGACAUGGCUAAAACUGAGAGCAGAGCUGAUCCCAGCGGGAAGAUCUACAGACAACUGUUCGACGCACAGACGCUAAACCUGUCUUUGCUGGCUAACCGGCGCAGUCUUUGUGAUCUGCGGUUGCGCCUGAAUGUGGAGAACAUAGAUGGGGCAAAUACUCUCCACCAGAAAUGGGAGCACUGCCUGGAGCAGUGGAGGACCAGCAGAGUCCAGCAGAUUGUACAGAACUUUGGUAAAUUAUUUAGCAAUGAUUUUGGUGAUGAGUUUCUUUCUGAGCAACCAGAGUUUUCUGCACUCUAUCAGAGUCUGAGAGAAGUGAGUGCCAAACGCUGUGAGGUUGUGAGCAAACUGAGUACGUUGACCCCGCCCACCUGUACCUCUGUCCUGGUUUCUGAGUGGUAUGAGCAACUUAAAAGCUUCAACCUUCAAAUUGAUGACCUCUAUACGGAUCUUAUAAGGAACAUUCGGAAUUAUUAUGACCAGAUGUGGCAAGAGCGCCUUGAGGAGGUUCACCGCUGUGAGGAAACAUUGCGGAAUUUGGGACUCUCAGAAGCUCAGGUCACAAACAUUGUACAGUCCCAAUGCUUACCUCUCAUGGGUCAGAAUCAGAAGGAGGUUGACCAACGAUUGGCUGCACUGGAUGUGAGCUGUGACUCUGUGUCCCGCCAUAGUCUCUCACUUAGCAGUUUAGUGUUUGGGAUAAUGCAGCAGGCAUCAUCUCUGUGGGAGGUACACUGCUCCAAUCUCAAAACUCUACAAACCAAAGUCCAACGAGACGUAGAGAAGCUGAGACGGUUGCAGAACAAAGAGCUCCAGAGAAAAACAGUCCACUUGGAUGAGCAGCUGCGCAUUCUGCGACAAGGGAGCAACGAAGAGGCCUUGAAUGUAUCUCUGGACAAUGCACUAUUGGAGCUGCAGAGGAUCCAUGACAGCUGUAGAAAGCAUCUAUCGGACCAGCAGACUGUGUUGGACCAACUUCCUUCUCUGUAUCUCUUGGAGCUCCAGAACUACAGCAGCCGUCUCAGUGCGUUCUUCCAGCUCAACAUCACCUAUUCCCCGAGCCUCAAAGAAUUCAGCCACUUAGAUCCCAGUCUAAAAGCUGCAUUUAUCCCAAGUGAAGCGAGCAGUGAAAUAAACACUAAUGCUGCACAAUAUCAGAUGAGCACUGAACUACAGGAUUUGUGCGACAAAAGCAAUUCUGUGGAGUUUUCAUCAUCUCGGGGCCUUACUUACACUGGGCCCGCAUUUACAUGCCCUGUACUCAAAGAGCCUCUUGAUAUCAGACAGCUGGAGGCAUUUCCUGUCGUGCUUCUCUCUGAGACACUCACCAGGAUGAGGAGCUUGUACGUGGAUAACAUGGAGCAGCACUUCCAUGACAGUGUCCUUUCGGCCCUCUCUCUGCUCUCCCACUUCCGACUGGAGGCGCUCACUGUGCAGGAGAUAAUGCUGCAGCAGUUCAGUGCCCAGCAUGUCCGGCAGCACAUUUUCCAGCCACGUCUAGCUGAGCUGCAACUGCACUUAAAUCAAGUGGACGUUCACUGUGAAACAGUGUCCCACACUCUGUCCUCCCUGAACACGGACGUGAUGGACCUCCUGGAGGCUGUGAGCCAGAAGAACCAGACCUUCUUGAGUACAGUGUCCAGCUUUGAAAACUGCCUUCAGUCUGUGGAUAGCCUUCAGCGAUUGGAGAGCCUCAGUUCCAAUCUAAAAAACUAUCAAGAGAAUCACAUGACAGAUAUCCAAAUUUCUCGAUCCAGCUUCAGAAAUAGUGCAGAGAUUCAAAUGGAGAAGCUCAAACAGACCACGAAACAGCUUUGCUGCUCCUUCAGGCUUUUCAUGGAGGGAGGGGACAUGAGUCCUUAUGAGAUUCAAAUAUUUCAAAAGAAGUUGAAAAAGGAAAUGGAAAAGAUAGAUGCGGCGGAGGAGUCCAUCCAUGGUCAGCUGGAGGCCUGCCACCCGAACAGUUUGCAGCAGGUCAGCGAGGUCUGCAGUCUGCAGGAGAAACUGACCUGCCUCAAGUCAGAGUUCAUUUUUGUGGAGAAGACCCAAAGUAUUCUUCGUAACAUUCUCGUCAAGAUCAAGGCUGCGGCUGCCACAAGCAAUCAUCUGCAGUCUGACAUCAGCAGCAAGAUUCAUGAGUUACAGGAUCUAAUGGGAAGUAAAGAGACACAGGUGCAGAUGUGCCAGGUGCAGGCGUUAUCCAUCCUCUCUGGCCUCAGUCAGACGCUGCAUCAACAGGCUCAGUGUCUUCAUGUUACCCUGCGCUCUCAGCAGAAGGAUGGCCUGCAGUCAGUGGGUCCCUCUCCCUGCUCUGCGCUGCAGCCCUAUGGCCUCGGAGGUGCACUGCACGAUGACCCGUUGCUGGGCGUCAUCAAAUCUCUUAACAGAGACAGAACUUCUGCCUCUACUCAAACUGCACAGAGGGGAGGAGCAGCAGCAGUUCAGAAAAGAGAGGAGUGUCCAGCAAUCAGGAGAGGAGGCAGAGCUCGAGUGAACUGGAGGCUGCAGAUGUUUGGGCCCAGACCAGAGCCUGAGCAGGACCCUCUCUCUUUCAGCUCCAAAGUGAGUGCCCUCUUGUGGGAGGCCAGUGAUGCUCUGAUGCUGACUGCUGAGCAUCUAGAGAAACUCAAGGCCGAGAUGGACAAAAGGAAGCAGAAGUUUGACCAGACUUUAGCUGAAACUGAGAGAGACAAGAAGGAUAUUGUAAGAUGGCUGCGGCUGUGUAUAAGCGGCGAGGCUCUGCAGGCACUUCGGCUCAAAGAGGAGCACCGGCAGCAAGCCAUUAAAAGGUCCAUCGAUUGUUUUGUCGGAGCCCAGACGGAGUGUUUGCAGCUGGCCGGAGAGACCUUUGUGACCUCACUGGCCUCUCUGACAGAACAACUGCUGACUUUGUUCGACCUGAUAAUGACAGUUGAUGAAGAAAACACAGCGUCGCAGCCCUCUGAAGACGCAGCUCACAGGCCACAGACGGGCAAAAGAACCUGGCAGGGCAUCCCGUCUUUCACUUCAUCUGUCGUCGAGACAACUGCUACUAUCACCACAAACAAGUGCACCCGUGGACACGAGGGCGUUAUCCAAGAAAGAGACUCUUCUGUCAAGAGGUUUGAGGAGAUCUAUAGAAAUGAACUGCUUGGGAUGGACUCCGACAAAAACAAGAGACAGGAGGAAAUGGAAAAAUGGAGUGUCCACUGGAGUCAGCAGCUGCAUGUACUGACACAUCAUCAACACUGA